GAAAGAAAGACCUAAUUUGGACAAAAAUUAAGCAAAGUCCAAAAUCUUAUGGAAUGAAAAAUUGAGAUCAAGAUUGAAGAACAAAAGUAAUGUAUUAAUUUUACGCAGAGAAGAGAACUGCAAGUUGAAGGAAUUCACGAUCUAUAAUUCAGCUGCCCACUUUCCACCUUCAUCAGAUUAGUGUCCAUUUUCGUUGCCCGCAAAGCUGAUUUGGUCUCUCUUUAGCCGCUGUCACUUUCCCGGGAAAAGAACGGAAGGGCUGAGAUUCAGGAGCGAAGGAAUCCAAGGGUUUUAGAUAACGAAGUCCUCCGUCGAUCGAAGAUGACUCAAUCCGGAAAAUUGAUGCCGAAUCUUGACCAGCAGAGCACCAAAAUGCUUAAUCUAACUGUGUUGCAGAGAAUAGAUCCUUUCAUUGAGGAAAUUUUAAUCACCGCAGCCCAUGUGACGUUCUACGAGUUUAAUAUCGAGACCAAUCAAUGGAGUCGGAAGGACGUUGAAGGAUCUCUUUUCGUAGUGAAGAGAAAUGCUCAACCUCGGUUCCAAUUCAUUGUGAUGAAUCGACGCAACACAGAUAAUCUAGUGGAGAAUCUACUUGGAGAUUUCGAGUAUGAAGUGCAAGCUCCUUAUUUAUUGUACCGGAAUGCUGCUCAAGAAGUUAAUGGCAUUUGGUUUUACAACCCACGGGAAUGCGAGGAUGUUGCGAACCUCUUUAGUAGGAUACUUAAUGCAUUCUCGAAGGUUCCUUUAAAGUCCAAAGUUUCGUCGAGCAAGGGUGAUUUCGAGGAGCUCGAGGCAGUGCCAACUAUGUCAAUUAUUGAAGGUCCGCUGGAGCCCUCAGCACCACCCUCUACUGCCACCGAUGCCCACGAAGAUCCUUCCUUUGUGAACUUCUUUAGUGCGGCUAUGAAUAUUGGAAGCAAUGCUCCAAAUAUACCGGAUUCGAGGCAGCCAUAUCAUGCUUCUGCUAUAAACCCUCCAUCUUUGCUUGCUCCUAAUAUUGUAUCAGCUCCUGCACUGACUCCACAGCCAUCUUUUCCCAUUGCAGCUUCGACUUCUCUAACCCCUCCUUACGGACCACCUGACCCAAACAAUAGCGCUAAUCAGGUCACUAAUCUUGUGAAGCCCUCUUCUUUCUUCCCUCCUCCAUCCUUUUCUUCUGCACCAAUGAGGCCCUCUUUGCCCUCACCCAUGACAAUGCCUACACUUCAUCCUCCACUUAAUAUACAAAGCCCAUAUGGUACCCCAAUGCUCCAGCCAUUUCCACCACCGAAUCCACCGCCUUCACUUACACCAAGUUCUGCUCCUGCUCUCAAUGAUGCGCCUCUUAUUAGCCGGGACAAAGUUCGCGAUGCACUUCUGAUGCUUGUUCAGGACGAUCAAUUCAUCGAUAAGUUUUACCAAGCGUUGCUGAAGAUGCAUCAUUCUUGAGUAUAUCUUCAAAAGGGCAGAGAGGUGGGUUUGUUUGGGCAUGAUAGAUAUGUGUGAAUUAGACGUGUAUAUAACUCACUUUGAAUUAUGCCUAAAAUUAGUGAUUCCAGUGUAGAGUCGUCUGUUCAGUGUAAAAUUAUAAAGAGUUUCCAUGUUCUUUAAGCUCUUUUUAUUUGAUUUGAUUGAGGCAUUGCUAUCAAA